GCCGGAAAUUAAAAGAAGAGGAAGAAGAAGCUGAAAAGAGGAACAAAUCAGAAGUGUAAAACAAACACAAAAGACAUAAGGUGGAUGUGAGGACAUUAGAGGGUUGCCAGGGCAUGAAGUUUUGUUCACUAUUCUGACCAGAUGGCAGGACUCUGCGGGUGCUGAAAUUUCAUUAGCAAGACUGCUUAAGUUGAACCCCGAUCAAGGUGUCCUGUGACUCCAGACGGCCAUGUGGUGGAUCCAGCAGGGCCUCAGCGUCCUGCCCGUUGCUCUGGUAACAUGGACCGCAGCCACCUUCAUCUUUGCAUAUAUCACAGCUGUGACCUUGAGACAUGUGGAUCCUCUCGUGCCCUACAUUAGUGACACUGGAACGGUCGCUCCUGAAAGGUGCUUGUUUGGACUGAUGCUGGAUGUGUCUGCAUUCCUAGGCUUGGCGAACACGUACGUCCGCUACAAGCAGGUGCAGGCUCUCCUGGGCCCGGAGGAGAGGUCCCUCCACAAACUGAACAAGCUGGGCCUGGUCCUGGGCUCCAUCAGCUCCUCUGGCAUGUGUGUUGUUGCAAACUUUCAGAAAACCACGCUGUUCUUCAUGCACAUCAUGGGGGCUGUGAUGACCUUCGGGGUGGGGGCUCUGUACAUCUUGAGCCAGACUCUGCUCUCCUACCACAUGCAGCCUCACGUGCACAGCAAGACCAUCUUCACAGUCCGUCUCAGCAUAGGAGUGUGGUCCAUAACCAGUAUCAUCAUCAUGUUUAUUUCAUCUGUUAUCAUGUACAGCAGUUUGCCUGGAGUUGAUGUAGCUCACAAACUACACUGGAUCCCAGGGGAGACGGGCUAUACUGCACACAUCAUAAGCACAAUCUCUGAAUGGUCCCUUGCUUUUGCCUUCGUCAGCUUCUUUUUAACCUACAUCAGAGACUUCCAGAAAAUAAAUUUGCGGGCAGAGACGGAUCUACAGAGUUAUCAUCUGUAUGACUCUCUCCAAGAAGCCUCGUCAGCAAACCAGUCAGAGGCCUCAGCACUAUUAGCAGGAAGUAUUUGAGAUACUUUUAAUUGUAACUUUUCUUGGAAUAUAAAGCAUUAUUUGAACAUUACAAUGCUAACCGCCCCAUGGCAUUAACCAGAUUGCAUUGUUUUUAUAUUGAAAUAUAGACUGUAGCGUUGUGUUACAAAGUGCAUCUACAUUUAUUUUGAUGUUUGUUAAAUGUUACUACACAAUGGGUGUAAAUGUAAAGAUGUACUGUGACUAUUAAAAUCUUGUGAAUGAC